AUGUUCGAUUUCAGAAAUUGCUCUAGAGUAAAAGAGAUUUCCGAUGAAGUACCAACAUCAGGUGCAGCAAACCUGCAGCCACUGUCAGUCAAGCUCCAAAAUAUUCUUGACCAACUGAAGAGCCUUCAGACGGAACGGGAGGACAGCAUUCAGUUAAUCAAGGGGUCCUACGAUGAACAGUUACAAAAGCUCACGGAGACACGUCGUAAUAUAAAUGCAGCAUUAGACAAGAUAGAAACAAAUACAAAGAAUGAGAUGGUAGCGACAAUGACGAAGCUCGAAUAUUCUCUCAAGUCAAAUGUUGAGAAAUGCACCAGGCUUCAAAAUGAGUUAAACAGACACCGUGAGGCGAUACAGGAAAUAUGUAAUAAGGACACGCCUAAACUGUCUUUUAUAACAAGCAAAAAAAGUAGUGUCAUAAUACAGAAGUCUGAAUCAUUUUUGAAAGAAAACUUUAAAAGUUCAAUAAAAUUCCAGCCUAACAGUGAAAUUAUAGAUUACUUGUCCCAAUUGUCAGGACUUGGAAAGAUUGAAGAGAGUAACCAGACAUUGCUAUUGCAGGAGAUUGGUGAACAAGUAUGUGAACUCAAUACGCAGCUGAGCAGGCAGGAGGGCGAGGUGGACGAACACAUAGUAUGUUUAGAGUCAAUGGAAUCUUCAACCAAUGAAGACCUUAGAAGAUUGUUUGAAAUACUGAAAAUUGACGUCAUGGCAGAAUGUGGAACUGCCUUAUUCCCGGCGUUCAGACAUGGUUGUGGGGCUCUGCAAGGCAUAGUGACCCGAGGAAAAGACAUUUUUGACAACCCUGUUUUUAGUGAGACCGAGAGAAAAAUUGUAUUUCAACGAUGUAUUCAGCUCUACACCACGUCUAUUUUAAUAGAGAAAAUUAAGGCAUCAAGCACAAAACAUGAGCAGCUGCGUCAUGUAGCACAAUUUAGCCGAGAAAAGCAAAAUAUUUCCUUUCCUGCUUUGGUUGCUGUUGACAAGGAACAAUGUGUCGAAAUUAGCAAAUGGAUAGACAGCCUAAGUAAAGAGAUCACUGGCUUAUGUGUGCUUUUGGUUGACGAUGAACCAGAUACGCCAUGCAUUGCACCGGCCUGUGGCGUUUAUCAAAGCAAGGCGAUAUUAGAGGGCAUAUUUGAAGCUGCAGAUGAUCUUCUAGAACGAGUCAUAUUUGCAGUGUUAAAGAACCUGGUCGAAAAGUGUGUUGCCAAAUACGGAGAUUCAACAAAAUUGUCAGAUAUUGAGAAAAAAAGAACAUUACAGAGUAUUUAUAAUUAUGCAAGGACAGCAUACACAAAUAGUGAAGUACCGGAACAUGAAAGACCAGAUCUUCCAGAUAGUUCGUAUACAUAUCCUAAAGAUAUUCAUGAUGUAGUGAAAGAGCUUCUUGAAAUGAAAGGGGUUGUUCGUUGUUCUAAAAAUAUUGGGCAUCUUGAAGUUAUUAUUGAAAAUACACACGACAGCGAGGCAACCAUGAAUGGAGUAACUCUGUAUCUUCAACACAAAAAUAUACAACCCCUGUUUAUACGUGGAACAAUCGCACCUCUCAUUUCCAGUGGGGACAGGGUCUCAAAUGAACGAUUACUAAAACAAAUACCUGAAAAAUUUGCAACAUUGGGAGGAUUUGCGCUGCAAUUUCCAAAAACGACUUCCAAUCCAAAUUUCAACACGGCUGCAACAUCUCUUCCCAGCAGUCCAGCAUCACAACACACGAGAGGAAAGCUGGUUGCGCUUAUCUCACGACACGUAGCAACAGCAAUAGGGUGCGAGUGUGUAAAUGCAUACAAUGAUACUGAAACAUUUGAACUUGGAAAAAUCAACAAUAUCCACGAUAACCCGUUGGUUGAUAUAAUUCCUUUCGACAUUAAAGAAGAUUGUAUUAACAAGUGUGACAGACGAUUCAAAACAGAGAUCGGCAUUCAGAUGUAUGGCCAAGUAUCUCCGGAAGAAAGAAUUCGUGAAGGAGAUCAAGUAUAUAUAUGGGGAGCAGCAACGUCUCUGGGUUUAGGAACAAUUGAUUCUGUCAAUUUAGAAACGCCGAAUGGAUUGUUGAUAACAAUACAUGAUCGAAACGAGGGUGAGUCAUUCUGCAAAGAAGGUGAUAGUGGUGCCAUGGUAUGUGCUACUGAUAGAAGGGAACGGACAUUGUAUGCUAUUGCAAUGAUCCAAGGAAAACUUCAUAGAUCGAGUGGAAGAGCAAUAUAUGUUGCGGUUAGUCUUAAUGAAGGAUUUAAAAUAUUAGAAACACAUUAUUUGUCAAAAUUCAGUCUGUGCAAUGAUCAACCACAUGCAUAAACAGGAUUUGACUGAUAAUCACAUAACAUUAACUGACUAGCUGACUGCUGCCAUGGACAUUCAAUAUGCUAGAAUAACACUUAUAACACAAGUAGUGUGUGUUCUGCUCUCGUACAGCUCGUAUUUUUAUAAUUGUAUUUGUGACUUAGAAAUUGCGUAAACUACUAGCUAAUAGAUGGUGUCGAAUAAGAUCUAUCAAUUCUUAUAUCAGUGUAGACGGAGAGUUGUUUCUUGUAUUUAUAUUCAGUACCAAAUUGUUGCUGUAUAAACAACAUAUUAAUGUGAAGUAUAAUGUUCGUGUAUCAAUAUGUAUAAAAUUAUUUGUAAUAGAAAACAAAAUACUCCAUUUGUAAAAAAUAUAUAAAGUUUGGGGAAUAACUCCCAAUAUUUUCUAACCCGCCUGGACAACAACUCUGUUUUUUUAUUUGAUUAACGUUUGUGUAAUGUUCUGAAUUCAGUUAUAGCUUGUCAACAUACUUUAACGUAAGUAAUGAAAAAGAAGCUAAGAUAAAUUGCAGUAAAUGUCAAUAGUAAGGUUACUGCUUAACAUUAUACGCCAAUUAUGUAAGAAUCAAAAGGAAAACAUGUUUAAAAUACCAUAUCUUUGUUAUAGUGUAAUCCAUUCAUAUAGUUUCGACCACCCAUAUAUCUUACAAAUUGUGGCAUAUUUCCGAUUAAACUUUUAAUUUUUAAAGGAUAUGAUGUUAACGUUCUCAAAAACAAGUGCUUGUUGGUUUCCGAUUCACUAUAUCUUUCUUCUCUUAAAAUUUGGGAUCUUUAAAAGAAUAACCAUUUUAAACGUUUGAUCCUAAAAUAUUUAAUUACCUAAGCUGGUUUUAUUAGUAAUUCAAUUUUACAGUACCGCUUCUUUAAUAUUUUUAGUUUUGUGUUAUAGCACUGCGCCUGGAUUUUGUUCACGUCAUCGUGUCUUCGCUUGUCAAUAUUGUCAUACGAUAUUCUUUCUCUUUUCCCGCCUACAUAGAUUUGUGUGACGUCAUCGCUUCAUACUUUCAAUAUUAACAUGCAUAGGUCAUUGAGUUUGAAGCGUUCAAUUUUUAUUGUGUUUUCUCGCUGACAGGCGUUUCUUGUUUGAUUUAUGUUUUAGCAAUCACAUAAACAACCAAGCUAUGUAAUAUGGAUCCUUUACACCCAUUAUUGCUGUUUCUUCCUGUAUUUGCGCGAUGAUGAUCGGAAAUAUUAUCUUCAUGACGCUAUAUUCUUAAAUAUUUUUCUAUAAAGAAGGAAUGUAGUUGACACUCGUUCGUAGUUUCAUUUCAUCGUUCCUCAAAAAGUUGUAACUCUCUUGCUCUGGUAUCUUUCCUACCAUUGAGUAAUUAAAUAGUAAUUAAAUAAAAUAAGUUUCAAUUCUCUUUUAUCAUUGUUUAAUUUGAGUUUCAAUGCUAUGAGGUUAAAUUUUAUUUACACUUAAAUGUAUCGUGAAUGUUGCUGGGCCAAGUGUGAGGUUGAGCGCUCUCAAACCGGUUUAAACCCCCAAUGAUUUGCAUUGACCGUUCCAAGGCGGUGACCCCAGCUUUAUUCUUAUAUGUGUUUAUGUUGUUUUGUAUUGUGCUAUUGUGUGCUGUUUUUUACUGUUUUGGCAAUCGGUCACUUGCCUUAAAUAAAGGACCAACAAAUUGUUUAUAAUAAGAAUUCAAUACUGCUCCAGCAGCUGGAGAUUAACUUCUUUAUAUUUAUUUAGACAAUUGUCAUGAACUUGUGUUUUACUCGGAACACUGCGUUAAUUUUAUAUUUUCUAAAAUUCAAAAUUCAAGUUAUCAAAAUGUACCACAUAUGUUUCGUAAAUGCAAAUUAUUUGUUUAAAAAAUAUC